AUGCUUAUAGUAAUAACAAGUUUCAUCAUUUUAAAAUUAGUAUCUUCAUGCGAUAAAGGAUUGACCGAGCUGAGGCAUCGUGAAAAUUUUGAACUGAUGAGAUGUGUUCCCACAAUUUCAGGUCAAUCGGAUCCUUGCAUAACAUUAACCAAUGGACGGGUAUGUUUUUGUCAGCCAGAUGGACCACACGAUUAUGUUUGUUGUGGUUCUCCUGAGCUUUUGGUCGAAUUAAUCGGAGGUAGAAGAACGGACUCUGCUCCCAAUCCUUAUCGAUUUUACCCGAAAAAAUCGUACUAUGAUUAUAACGUCUUUAUGAAGUCGUCAAAAGAAUAUAUUGACGGCGACACAGUAUUCGGGCAAACGCCUCUGAUUGUGACGACUCCACCUCCUACAAUUAAAACAACUCGAAGAAAAUCGAAGAAGCUAAAAACGAAGACAACUCGAACUCAACUUAAAAUGCUCACAAUUCCUUCAUCGAGAAGGGGCAAUUAUUCGGACAGCUCGUAUAGGUUGAGCACGAAUUCGGUUUUAGUUGAGGAAGAGGCGUGUACAUUUGUUGUUGACACCGGACUCCCUUAUCAGAAAAGGCAGAUUAUUAAAAAUCUUGCAUCUUACGGAGUUUCACCGAAAAAAAUCAAAUUCGUUGUUGUGACAUCAUCGAAUGCUCAGUUUGCUGGCAAUCUCAACCUUUUCCCAUCAUCGCAAAUCAUUAUGGCGGAUUCCACACUUUAUAAGGAUAGUGUUGUUUAUUUGAGCAAAUAUGAAGAGCAUUCGGUAUUGGAAUUAUGCUCAUCGAAUUCGUUGAUUCAAUCGACUCCAGGGCCAUCAGCCAACUCGAUUACUGUAAUCGUACGAAAUGUCGAUGUUAUGGGCACUGUGGCCAUAGCAGGAUCAUUGUUUCCAAACGGCGCUAAUUUAGACGAAUUUAACGAAAAUGGCAUUGAAGACAUGCAAAAAUUUAUACAAUCGCGGAAUAUGAUUAUAUGUGAAGUGGAUUGGAUUGUUCCAGCCACAGCACCUCCGUUCAAAGUCACAAAAGCACAGAAAAUUCAAUCAGGAUGCUCGACGUGA